GUGGUCAUAAAUGUGCAUUUAUUAGAGAAAAGUGUGGUAUAACUAGGUACCCUAUUACCCCCUAGCCCUACCCUGUCUGUAUGUAUAUGAUAGAAUGAGCAAGGAUUUCAGCAAGAAGCUACUAUGUCCAGGGCAAGGGAUUGUACCUACCUUCAAGAAGAACUCGAAGGCAGUGUUCCACUUCCGUACCAUUCAACCCCCAUCUGCACACAACGUAGCUGACCUCUCCUCGGACACACUGCCGGAGGGGUCAAAGGUCAUUGAUGACUCACGCACAAUGGGCACUGGACCAUUCGAGCUUCUGAUUGGACGCGAGUUCAAACUGUCUGUGUGGGAGGAGCUAGUCCGCUCCAUGAGAGUGGGAGAGGUGGCCAGGUUCCUCUGCCCUUUUGAGAUGGUGGUAGAGUACCCUCGAGUAUCCAAAGCCCUGAGGGACUUGGCCAGACAACAGGCUGGGGAGAGUGUAUCAGAGCAACGCACACACACCUGUAGUUUCUCCGCCAUGCAAGGAACAGGGCAUCAAGACUUGGAUUCUCUCAACACCACACCGCUCUUGUUCGAGUUAGAGCUGUUACAAGUGGAGCAGCCUGGAGAGUACAAGAAGGAACAUUGGGCCAUGACUGAGGCCGAGAAGGACAGUGCUAUACCAAAGCUGAAGGAGGAGGGCAAUGCACUAUACAAGGAGGGGAACUACCUCAAAGCAUCGGACAAGUAUUUCGAAGCAUUGAGUUACUUGGAGGAAAUGUGUAUAAAAGAGAAGCCGGAAUCAGAAACUUGGAAUGAGAUUACUGAGAAAAAGACUCCAUUUUUAUUAAACUAUGCUCAAUGCAAGCUAGUACUGUGCGAGUAUGCAGAGGUCAUCAGGCACACGAGCAGUGUACUGGAAUUUGAUGGAGACAACGUGAAAGCUUUGUUUCGUCGUGGCAAGGCACACUCUGGGUGUUGGAAUGUUUCAGAGGCAAGAGAGGAUCUGGGGAGGGUGGUUCAGUUGGACCCAUCGCUGUCAAAAACUGUGGAGAAAGAGUUACAGUCACUGAGCAGUCGAGUUAGAGACAAAGAGCUCGAGGAAAGAGAACUGCUGAGAGGAAAACUGUUCUAAUAAUGUAAUGAUUAGUCUACUAUCAUAUAAUUUUAUUCACUGCAUAUAAUUCUUCACAUGAUUCUUUAUUACCCCCUGGACCUCAUAAUAAAAAAAAUUAUUACUUCUA